AUGCCGAGCAAAGCAGGGAGGGUCAGGAUGCCCCCCGACAACAGACUCCCCGUUUCGGCCUCUCUCAAAACGUCGGACAUUUGGAAAAACUCAGUUGGGUAUGAUCCCUAUGCGUCCGUCGAGGAGAUAAACAAAAGGGAGCUAAAAAAAAAGGAAGCCACGAACGAAGAAAUCAAUGAGAAGGCGAAGAGUCUGUUCAGCUUGGCCAGACUGACUGGCACUGCUUCCGCCACCAUCCCCGGGGCGUGCUCCCUGUGCAACCACAUCGGCCACCUGCCCUACCAGUGUAGAAAUUUGAUAAGCCUGGAGAAGCUGAACUUCCAGAGAGACAUAAAGGAGGAGGCGGAGGACGACCUGAAGGAGCGCCGCAACCUCGGCAUCGUCAGCGAUAGCGGUGGUAGCAGCGGAAGCAGUAGUGAUGACUGCAGCAGUAGUGAUGGCGGUAGCAGUAGUGAUAGCGGGAGCAGUAGUGGCGGGCGAGGCAGCCGGGACUCGGCCAGAGAGCGGAGGAGGAAGGAGAAGCACAAGAGGAGGAGGCGCAAGCGAGAGGGGCGGUCCCGCAAAGAGGAGAGGCGGUCUCACAAAGGGGAGAGACGACGCCACAAAGAGAAGAGGCGGUCCCGCAAAGAGGAGAGACAACCCCGCAAGCACGCCAAACGGACGGGGAGGGACAAAUCGGAGCGCCGUCGCCACAGCAGCAGGGAUCGCGACAAAUCAAACGUGAAAAAGGAGAAGAGGAAAAGGAGGACGAGCGAGACGGACGAGGAAGGUGGGCGGGCAAAGCGGCACAGGGGGAGGAGCUCAUCAAGUUAGUGAUCAUUUGCGGGGAAGCAACAAGGGGGUCAUUGUGGAGGGGUGAGCAGAAGAGCGCAGCCACCGGCCGGAAGGACACAUGUAACCGCGCGCAGAGGGAACAAGAAAAGGAAAAAAGGAGAAACGAAGGAACGAAGAAAACGAAAGUGCUGCAGCCCAAUUUUGUAGAGACCUACCAGGGGUGAGUCGAAAGGGUGAUGUUCCCUCCUUUGAAUCUCUUCCCCCCCCACACAAGCACCUCUCAUUUGUCUGUAAUGUUCAAGCCGACUGGGAAAACUUCGAAGGACACACGCAGUGAACGCAGCGUCCAUCUGGGGACUUCCCCCCCACUCGGCAACUGACAAGUCGUUUUCGCGACGUGUACGUAUGUAUGUUUUGUCCCCUUUAAAUUUAAUUAACUUUUUUGUGUUAAGUGUGCCGCUACAUGUGUGCAGCUGCUUUGGGUGUGCCGCAACUCGUGUGCCAUUUUUUUUUACGGGGGGACGGAAGG